AUGGAGUCCCUGGGCACAGCGCUGGUCCUCCUGGUGCAGUUCUGGGGAGCCACAGGCCUGAGAGUGCAGCAGGAGCCCAAGUGGUUGCGGGUGACACGGGGAAGCCAGGUGACCUUGGCCUGCCAGGUGAUACAGUCCCAAGCCUGGGAGCGGCUCCGGGUUGGGUGGACCAAGGACGACGUCUCCUUGUGUGAGCCGCACAUCACCAACGGCAGCCUCAGCCUGGGGGUCUGCGGGCCCCGGAGGCUGCUUUCCUGGAAGGCGCCUGGCAACCUCACCCUGCAGCUGGACCACGUGAGCCUCAACGACAGUGGGGACUACGUGUGCUGGGUGGCCGUGGAGAUUCCUAAGUUGGAGGUGAAGCAGGGCAAUGGCACGCAGCUCCUGGUGGAGAAAGAUGGCCAGCCCACGAACCAGACCUCGGUCGACUCAGGGCAUCCUCUCUACGGGAACGUCCUUUACCAGCCCCGGAGGGCCCCAAAGAAGACUAAGGCGUGGCGUGUGGAGGGGCAGGUGCUGGACAUCCCCAGGGAGGACCAGAAGAGUCAGAGCUUCUAUUCCAUCUCUUUGCCCCAGCCUCCCAGCCCCCAGCAGCGCCUGGCCCAGAAGCCUUGCCCCAGCCCCAGCCCCAGGUCGAGUCACCCCAUAUCUACCGUCGGCGUCUCUCCUGACCCACGCCCCUCUGGGCAGCAGUGGCCAAGAGGGCUCCUUGAAGUGGGGAGAGGACUCGAAACCCCAGAAAAGAUCCCCUCCCACCAAUGGCCACGUGAAGAUGUGAUUGAUUUCCCAAAGAGUCAGGGAGUCCAACGGCCCAGCCCAAGACCCCGUCCUCAUUACUAAAAUGCCGGAUUCCUCCCUCACCC